UAAAAAGUUUCUGACUGUUUUCUCACUAAUCUGAUUUUAUGAGAAGUGUCUCUGAAGUGAAUACUUUCUGUUUAGGCUUGUCAACGUGUGAUGCUACUGUACACCACAAUCAAGUCUUAACAAGCUUUUUCCCUAUAAGUGAGCCGAGCCCCCACUUUUUUCCUCCUCAGGUGUCUGUUUGAUUUGUUGUUAGCUUUUCUCAGGAGGCUGGAAGUGGGUGGUUGGGCAGGUCAGGACGAAGAGGUCUGGCUGAUCUACUAGCUUUGCUGCAGUUUAAAGAAGUAGCUCACCGAAGUGGAAUGGUUCACUCCCUACAACAAUGCAGCGCGUUGACAGCCGAGUGCUCGGACAGGGUUGGUGGAAUGCCCCAUUCGGACUAUGAGGGCAACCCUUUGUCUAGACACUUCCACCCUCCGAGGGUUUUGAAUCUUUUACUUGAAGAUGACGUCCUCUGCACAGGUGACCCACCUAACACUCCAGAGACGUGACUGUGGGACGGACAUCCUACCCUCCUGCUGUUUUCUGUCCUUUCCAUAAAGGCAGAAUUUAUGAUAUACAGACUCUGGAACUAAAGUUUUAAUGAGUCUUUCCCAUAGUGCCCCUUUGCUUUGCCAUCCUGUCACCAUGCAGAGCAAGUACUCCCAGUACUACAACACAAAUCUCAUACGUUUACACUAUGCUCAUGCCAAGAACAUGAGCAAAGCUGAAAUACAUGAAAGGGAAUCAGAAAAGGAUCACCCCGACCUUCUCAGUAUUAUCAUCCUGGUCAUCUGCACCAUCAUCAUCUUCGAGAAUCUCCUGGUUCUGAUGGCUGUGUGGCGCAACAAGAAAUUUCACUCUGCCAUGUUUUUCUUCAUUGGAAACUUGGCAUUCUCCGACCUGCUGGCGGGCUGUGCCUACAUAGUCAAUAUAAUCCUGUCAGGGCCACGGACCUAUUCACUGUGCCCAGUGCAGUGGUUCAUCAGGGAAGGCACAGCGUUCAUAGCUCUGGCUGCUUCAGUCUUCAGCUUGUUGGCCAUAGCUAUAGAGCGCUAUGUUGCUAUCACAAAGGUCAAAGUAUACGGCUCCAACAAAUCAUGCCGCAUGUUUCUGCUGAUAGGAGCAUGCUGGGUCACCUCCAUCCUGCUCGGGGGACUUCCCAUCCUCGGCUGGAACUGUAUUUUUGACCUUGGAGAUUGCUCGACUGUGCUGCCACUCUACUCCAAGAAGUACAUUGUCUUUGUUGUCACUGUUUUCAGCCUCAUACUGCUCUCCAUUCUCAUUCUCUACGUGAGAAUCUACUUGAUUGUGCGCUCCAGCAACCAAGUAACAACCAACAUGCAAGCAUACUCCCUUCUGAAAACGGUCACAAUAGUGCUGGGAGUCUUCAUCGUGUGCUGGCUGCCUGCUUUUACCAUCCUCCUCCUGGAUUCCUCCUGCAGUAUACAAGUCUGCACCAUCCUGGACAAGGCCAAAAUCUUUUUCGGCUUCGCCACUCUGAACUCAGCACUCAACCCAGUGAUCUACACGCUGCGCAGUAAGGACAUGAGAAGAGAGUUUCUGCGGGUGUUGUGCUGCUGGGGGGUGCUGCAAAGCGGGCGUCCAUCCGAUCGCUGUCUGAUCCCCCUGAAGAGCUCUAGCUCUCUGGAACACUGUACAAACAAACACGAACAUCAGAUGGUUCCCAUCAUGAAAGACUGUACCACCUGUGUCUGAUACGCCACAACAGAGGAGUUUCAUUCAUGCACAUGUGAGAGACAUCAGAGGCUUGCAUGAGAUCCGACGGAGAAGCUGUGUUCAUAGGGAAAAUGUUGACGGAGAGCAGGUCAUGUGACUCAAAAUGUCUUGGAGGCUGAGAGACAUCUAUCUACAGGGACAACAUUGUAAGAUGGAUGGUUUCCUUCAUAAUUCAAUCAUAACUGAGCAACUUCCCAAGACGGUUCAAUUUGAACAAAAUAAGUGUGUUAAUACACAGUGUUUCAAGAGGGAGCCAGUUGUGUGGAUUAAGAAAUGUGAAAAAAGCAACAUUUAAUAGGUACUUUUAUAUAUGGAGCAAACAAUUUUUACAUAGUUUUUUUGUUUAACAACCCAAACCCUCCUGAAAGCCUUAAACAGAAAAGCAGAGUAUUCAGAGUACUGAAUAUUUAGUCGGGAAGUUUUUUAAACAACAUUAUUAAUUUUUAAAAUAGCAAAGUUGCACUUUUAAAAGGAGACUGGCAUGAUUCUCUCCACAUAAGGCCUAUAGGUUUAUCACUCAUUCUUGCACCAUCAGUGAGCUCACCACCGUUUUAAAGCCAAAAAUAUUUAGCGACAAAAAAAAUCUAUGUAUACCAUAUAUAAUCUUCCUUAACCAAUUUGUUAAACUUCAUCAAAAGUACAUAAUCUGCUUACAUUUAAUGCAUGAAAUCCUUAUGCCUAUGAUAGCAUAUACUCAGCUCCAUCUUCCACCACUAACACCCCUUUUCAUUGUUGCGCCUCAUAAUCUGUCCCUCUUGCUUUUACUGUUGUCUUUUGUAUCGAAACAAUUUCCGUUGAGGAAGGCCAAAUCAGAACUCACAUUUCCUUGAGUGUGCUGGCAUUUGCUGAAUUUUACAGAAAUUCUUCGGCCACUUUGCCAGUGACACAUGACAGUGUUUUAGCAACUUGGAACAGCGGUGUGCCAAUUUCUGUCUGAGUUCUUCUCUUUGGGAAAAAGGCUGAAUGUAUGUAUGAAGUGUUUGGGGUGUGUGCUCCACUAUGACAGUAUUAAUGGUCAGAAUUCCUAAAUCAUUGGUGAGCAAAGAGAGAGCGGGUUCGGUCCCUCUUACUAUGUGGCCUCAUUGCAUCAAUGACAAGAACCGGUAGUUGGCAUCAUUUAGUUAAUUAUUGCAAAACCUGGGGUAUAAAAGCAUCCAUGUUUUCAGAAUUCGCUCGCCUCCAGUUUUGAAAGCCUGUGAGGGAUUUGCCCUCAUAGGAGGUCAGCUUCAUCUUCAUCCUCUGACAUGCAGUGACAUGUAGCUUCCUCCAGCUUUAGGAAGUCUUUUUGUUUUUUUUACUUGUCCGGUUCCUGUUGUUCAAGGUUACAAGAACCUUUUUCCUUUAGACAAAAAUACAACUAUUCUCUCUGAUAGUCCUCUUUGUAGUGACUGUUAUGUCCAAGUAGAAAUUGGUGAAAAGCACUUUGGCAGCUUCAAUGAUGUUUCCUUCUCCCAGUUUACUCCAAUCAGGUGGUAAGAUGUUUCAAUCAAUGUACCAGUGACUUCAUUAAAACCUGACCAUGGUUUUUAUUGAAAACAUGAACAAUAUGUAUGUAUGUUUGUAUCUUUGUAUACUAUGUAUGAAUUUAUGACUUCUGAGAUGUGUUGUGUGCAAUAGCUUUGUGUGUCUUGUAGCACGCUGCGUGUGUUAAACUGGUACAAACUAAAACACUAAUGUAGGUACAUAAACAUUUUGUUCAUUGCAUUCCAGUUUUAUAAAAUAAAUGAAUUAUGAAAAUUG